AUGACCAUAGACUUCACAAGGUUUGAGUGGAAGGUAGCCCCAGAUGGUUCUUUCAGCCGCGAGGCCGCUGCCGGCGAGCUCAUGGAAAUUAUCUGGAGGGGGCUUGAUCUUGGGGACUACGUAUUGAUAUUCACAGCGGAGCUCUCGUUCUCGAACGCGCUUCCACUUCCCGAGCUCCUCAAGUGUAUGCGGGAUGCAUGGAUGGCACUGCGGUUCGAUGUGCCGACAAUCGCUGCGCACACUGUGUACGACAACGAUGGCAACAUUCACAUUGUCUACAAGCCUGUAGGGAGCGCGAACGAAGCCAAAGCGUGGGCUUCAAGCACCGUUCGUCUGCAGGAGGAUUUUGCAGAUGUCGAAGACUUCCGGCACUCGCUCUCAUGCAAGCCCAUCAGAGAUGAUAAUGGAGACCAGACGUUCUUGUACGUCUUGCCGCACCAAGCAUCGAACAAGACGUGUAGCAUCCUCCUACACACGUCGCAUAUAACAUUCGACACCAAGGGGCUCCAGGCCGUGUUCACGCAAUUCAUGAAGAAGCUUGUCACAUUCAUGUCCACCCCUCCUCGCGAGCCGGGGCAAGAAUUGGAUUGGGGAACCGAAGCGCGGAAUCUUCUCCCAUCGCCCUACGGCAUAUUGUGCUCAGAAGAAAUCCGUGAAGGACCCGUAUACGACGGGACGUUCAUGAGCGUGAUCACUGACCUUGUGGAAUCUAAGAAGCGUGAACAUGGAUUCAAGCCACGAAUCUCAGGCCGUUUCCCUCUAGAAACCAAGAGGGCCACAGCGACCCUCACGGAAGCAGAAAGCCAGCGGCUUUUCGGCGCUAUCGAACCUUCCUCUCGACCUGUACUGAUACGCAUAUCAGGUCAUGCGGCCGUCACCCUAGUCUGCGCAGAAGACAACCCUGUGCCUGAAGACAAACGCGAGACCGCCGUGUUCGCAUAUUCACAGAUGAUGGACACCCGCCCACGCCUGCGGCAGCCAUACAAUGAGCGCGACCAGUACCCAGGCUUCUGCCUCGGCGUUUCCCCUCUCCUCAUUCCAGCUUCUGUUGUAUACGAUCCUGCGGUCAAUGACACUAAAGGCCGCCUCCUCCGCGUCGCACAUGCCACGAAAGACGAGUACUUGAGACAGAAGGCAUACAAAUCGCUCUUGGCGAUCAGCCCAGCGUCGACAGAAGUAAUGAUCAAUGCCUUCAGGCAGAACACACCGACAAGUUUUGUAGCAGUACCAUGGUACUCUGGUGACGGCAGGGGGGAAUUGUACCUGGAUCCCACGUACCCAGAUUCCAACGGGAGCACACUGGUGGAGAUCACCAGUUUCGUUACCUCCGUCAACAAGUUUGACCCCGGACCAUUUUUCCGCGUAUGGUCGUGGAGAGAUCGUCUUACGAUUAGCGCGGACUAUAACCCACGCUCAAUGCCUCAGGAUAUCGUAGAAGGGUUUGUGAAACGAUGGGUAGAGUUGGUGUCUCUCCUAAUUCAUGAUCAUACCGCUGGCGAGGAUCCAUAG